AUGUCGGAGAUGUCGGAGAUUCGACUCCUGGAUAAUUCCACGGUCUAUGACCUAUUGAUCAAUCUUUCUACAAGCGAGACUAUUGAAUUUCGGAAAGUGAUCGAACGGACAUUUGAAGAAUUUUCAGUCGACGGGGAACGGCAAUACCAGCCUAUGCCAAGCUUCGCAAACCGUCCAAACGAGCAACGAACCCUCUUCAGACCGUUCACAUCGGACACGGUCAUUGGCACUAAGAUUACCGUCGAACCUGCACCCGACAAAGACGGCAAGAAAGACCCCCUUCAUGGCAUCAUAGUUCUGUGUGAUGGAAAAGGUAUUCCCAAGGGUCUCCUGAGCUCCGAGGAAGUGACCGGCUACCGCACCUCAAUGAAUGUCAUGGUUCCCUUCUCUUGGAGGCUAAAUGUUGACAACAUAAUCAUUUUCGGUACUGGCAUGCAAGCUUUGUGGCAUACUCGACUCAUCAUCAUGCUCAGAGGUUCGGAAGUGAGGAAUAUCACCUACAUCGGGCCUUUCAGAGAGCAGGCCGAACAGUUGAUUGCCACAGUGUCCGCAGAGAAUCGUGCGCUUUGGAAAGCUACCUGCUCCUUUGAGUUUGUGGAUAACACCGCUUCCGACUUCCAGCAAAAUCUUGAGACCUACUUGCGCAACGUUGAUUGCAUUUUCUGCACUACGCCGUCCAAAAAGCCACUUUUUGCAGCAGGAUCUGUGGUCAACAGAAGCAGCCGGCAACCGUUCAUCUCCGCAAUCGGUUCUUGGCAGCCGGACAUGAUCGAGCUGGAUCCUUCGCUUUUGAAACUUGCUGUUGCAUAUAAUGCUGGAUACAAUCCUAUUACCGGCAAAGACAAGGGCGCCAUCCUCGUCGAUGAUCGAGACUUUGCUCUCCAGAAUGCGGGGGAGCUCGUCAAGAGCAACACUAUUGCAAACGAUGUUGUUGAGCUGGGUGAGAUCAUUGCCUUGAAGAACGGGAGGUUAUCAUCUGCGUCGAUAACACACACGGCCGUUCAAAAGACAGAUCGAUUCAUUUCAGAAGGACUUGUGAUUUACAAAAGCAUUGGUGUGAGUCUCACAGAUUUGACACUGAGCGAUGCUAUUCUUGGGCUGGCAAGAGAACGGCAGCAGAAGCUUUAA